AUGGAGGAGUCUUUGCUAUCAGUGAAAAGUGAGAUUGAAGAUAAAGAGAGCGAGAGAUUGAGUUCGUAUCAGUAUGUGGGAAGAACAGGAUCCAUUAUUCCGACGGCUUCCUUCGCUGGAACUGAGGUCAGCGUCGAUGAGAUGCGGUCGGCCGCUGCUCUUUCUGAUCGCUACCCUCCUUCUCUCCAUGCCCCUUUGCUUAGCUCUCCCGAGCCCGAACCUAAUGAGCAAGCUAUUGUCUAUCAGGGUGGAUAUUAUGGAGAAUUAAGCGGGACCACUGGUGAUGUUCGCAGGCAGAUAUUGGAUGAAGUAGAGAUCCGUGAACUACUCAUUGACCAUGUUGGUCAUCGUUGCUGUUGGGGAAGUCGUCCAGCUCGGACCUGGCAGAUCCAUGCAGUAGAAGACUGCAAUGUUUACAUUGGGACUCUUGAAACUUUUAUAGAAGAGAGGGAAACAGUAAUAGAAACUGAACCAUACCUUGGUGGCAGUAUCGAUGGAAAGGAUAAGGGGCCUGAACUUGGAAUCUGGGAAUUGGAUUUGAGGUCUGAAUUUCCUGUCCUAUUUGUAGCUCAUAAAGAAUCACGGGCCAAGAUUCCUCGUUCUGAAGCUAUUGAAAAAUGCUCAGUUUGUGCAGGACAAGGAAAUCGAAUGUGUCCUACUUGCAAUGCAGAUCAAGAGCCUGGAUUCUACAAGGAAAACCAGAUGGCUCAAUGUCCUGCUUGCUAUGGAAGGGGUCUAAUUGCUCACAGGGAUGGAUCUGACACAAU